AUGUCUGUUGAUUUACCCUUAAACUUUCAAUUACUCGCUCGUGCUUCCUGCUUAUUCGUCAUCUCUUGUUGUUCUCAAAAGCAUCGAGCGUCGAGUAGGGAUUCUCAAGGAAAGCCUGUUAAUCCGAAUGUAUCUACCCUUUUGUUUUUGAUUGUUUUGCUGGCUUUUAGUUUGAUUCGUCGGAGCAGCCGUAGCUACUUUCGUCAGACGUCUGAGAUGCGUGACAAGCUCCCUCGGCCACCGCAAGAAUUCUACGAACCAAAUGAAUUGCCCGAAAUUCCACAGCAUCUCCAACCGGAACUAUUCUACAUCCUUCAUAACUUGAAAAUGUUGGAACUGCCAGCUGAGUGGAAAUUGGACCCACGCGACAUUGAUGUGAGGAGUUUUGAACGAGGAGAAGUGGUUGUACGUCCUGGAGAACCUGACGAUAGCAUUUACGUGGCCAUUCAAGGGACGUUGGCCGUUUACAUAGCGCAUAAAGAGGGCAAAGAUUAUCUUGUAAAGAAGAUUCCGCCAGGAAACAGCUUCUUCUCGUUGCUUUCAAUGCUUGAUGUCUUGAUGGUGUGUUUGAAUAUGAUUUUUCCGAUACAAAUUUUUACAGCUUGCACUAUUCAAACACUGAGACCCGAUCCUGACCGGAAAUUUGGGUUCCCAAUAAAGAGUUUUCGCGAAUCCUACAACAAAUAUCCGGAGGCAUGGAUGAGGCCGAUACAGAUCGUUCUCACACGAUUACUUCACGUAACAAUGACUACAUUACAUCAAUAUAUGGGUCUAACUCAUGAACUGAUGAAAAGGGUGAGUGAUUCGAAUGAUUAUGCACCAAUUGGAACAGCAUCAUCACAUGCCAUACAUAAAAAGCCCAAGGAACCGCGCUUGAAUGUGAAUGAGCAACUCGUUGUUGCUCGAAAAUGGUUUGCAGACGCACUAGGACUGUUAGGACCUGACGGACCAUCACUGAUAGAGCAGAAGGGCGACAUUACCAUUCGAACUUGCGAGGAAGGAGAUGUGUUGGUUGAACAGGGAUCGGAAGAGGAACAGCUGAUCCUGGUGUUGUCGGGCUCGCUGAAGCUGACUCAGGUUAGUUCAAUUGAACCAGUGUUUGAUGAAGAACUCCAAGAAGAAACUGAUAAUACGAUAUCAAAACUGCUGCCUCGAGAUUUAGUGGGAGGUCUUCAUGUGCUCACUUGUGAACCAUCAUUCUAUACCGUAAGCGCUAAUAGCAAGGCCACAGUAGCCAUCCUUGGCAAGGCAGUGUUCCAACGCCUGUUGGAAGUACGUCCACACAUCUAUUUGCCAGUAGCGCACUCGGUAUUGCGUCGACUGUCACCCUUCUUACGUUGCGUCGAUUAUGCACUGGAUUGGGUGCUUGUGGAUUCGGGAUUGGCUGUCUACAGGGAAGGCGAUGUAGCAGAUUCUAUGUUUGUCAUGUUGAGUGGGCGACUGCGUUCUGUUGAAAAGAAAACGUUGGUGGAAGAAUUCGGAAGGGGCGAUGUGCUUGGCAUGAUGGAAGUUCUGCAAAAGAAGCCCCGAGCCACUACGGUGCUUGCCAUUCGAUUCUCACAGCUGGCUCGUAUUCCAGAAGGACUGCUCAACUUCAUAAAGCUUCAGUUCCCUCAGGUUGGCUUCCGUUUGGUUCAACUUCUCGGGCAGUACUAUAGCAGUAUGCAUCGGCGUAUGCCAUACCUGCCUACAGUGUCGCUAGAAGGAACAGGAGAUCCAAUGAGCCACAUCAAGAAUUUGCACACAAUAGCUGUCGUUCCUGCGUCGACAGAGGUACCUCUGGUCCCCUUCACAUGCGAACUCUAUCACGCACUAUCUGCUAAUCUGAAAGUGGUGAGGCUAAGCAGUCAGAAAGUCGCUUCACAUCUGGACAACUCUGUUCUAGAAAAACAGGCAGAUUUUCGGCUGAUGCAUUGGUUGAAUAUCCAGGAAGACACCUGUCCACUUGUAAUCUACGAAUGCGAUUACACAGCUACGAACUGGACGCGAAGGUGUUUACGACAAGCUGACGCCAUCCUUGUGGUAGCUAUGGGGAACAGAAAACCUCAAAGUCAGACUUUGAUGCGCGAGCUGUUAAGUACAAACCAAGAUGGUGUGCGCACGAAUAAAGAAUUGAUUCUUUUGUGGCCUGAGCAUACCGCCACCCCUACUGGCACUCAUGAGUGGCUGAAGGAUACGUACUAUUCAGGUCAUCAUCAUAUUCGAGCACCAAAACGAAUGUUCCAAUGGACGUUGAAGAAGACACGGAAAUCGUCUAGGGAGAUGAUACAUCCGACUAAUGAACAAGAAAUUGUUGAAUUCUAUGAGAAGAAUGUGUUCUGGACUGUCGAUUUCCGAUCAGAUUUUGCUCGAAUCGCUCGUAUACUCACUGGAAAUGCGAUCGGUCUUGCACUCGGUGGCGGGGGAGCGAGAGGAGCUGCCCAUGUUGGAGUUUUGCGAGCUUUGAGAGAGCGAGGAAUUCCGGUGGAUAUUGUUGGUGGCACAUCGAUAGGAGCUCUGGUUGGAGGAGUAUAUGCUGGUACUCCUGACGAACGAGUUGAAGAACGUACUAGAAAAUGGUUUAGUGUAAGUUCAUUGGAAAUUUUCGUAUUUCACAUACCAAUUAGUAUGAAACUGUCUCGUCACUCUGAAUUCUGUGCAUUAAUAUCGCUGCAAUUUUUCACAACUCAAGUAAUGCGCGAGCACCGCCCAAUUUCUCACUGUUUUGUUAGAUCUAUGGGUGCGAAACGUGUGAUCGCUGUUGACGUUGGUGCAUCAGAAGAGACAAAUCUGUACAAUUAUGGUGACUCCUUGAACGGUUUAUGGGUGCUGAUGAAAAGGCUAAAUCCGUGGGCAGAUCCAAUCCGAAUUCUGAACAUGGAAGAGAUUCAGACUCGAUUAGCCUAUGUAUCGUGUGUCCGUCAGUUGGAAAUUGUGAAGAAGGCGCCCUACUGUAGCUACUUCCGACCAGCUAUUGAACCAUUCAAAACGUUGGAAUUCAACAAAUUUGACGAGAUUCUUGCUAUCGGAUAUGAAUAUGGCAAGGAUAAGAUUGAAACAUUGAUGGAUACUGAUGAAUUCAACACAUUGCUGAUUGGUGGCAACACACAUCGACUGCAUCGACAAGUCAGUAAGACAAAGCGAGCACCUUUGAUGGAGCGUUCCUCGUCCUUCACUGAUUUGGCCGCAGCUCUUUCGAAGAUUCCUACUGUCCGGCCUGUACUGCGACAUUCGAUGAGCGCCUAUGAUCAGGUCGACGAUGUAUUUGAAGACCUCGACUUCUUUGAUCGUGAGUUUAAACUUCUUUCAUUUUGA